GCUAAUAUAUGUAAUGCUAUUUCGAACACUGAAAUCCAAUAUGGCCGCCAAUGUGGAAGUCAUGGAAGUCCAAAAUAAUCUAGAUGAAUUUACAGAAGACAUUAAUAAUGGAGUGAAAUGGCUUGUAGAAAAAUUCAAGAAACGCGAGAAAGAGCUUGAAGUAGCUGCAAAAGAACUAGAGGUUUCCAAAAAGAAAUUUGAAGAAAAAAUGAACAUGGAAUGGAAAAAAUUCAAACAAGAGACACAAGAACAAAGACGUGUCAUUCAAGAAGAAAGAUCAAAACUAGAAGCAGAAAAGAAAUAUAUGCAAAAGAUUUAUGAUGAACAGUGCUCACAUAUGAAACUAGAUGUUGGGGGGAUUAUUUAUUCCACAUCAUUAAGCACGCUAACUCGUGAUAAAUCCUCUAUGUUGGCAGUGAUGUUCUCAGGAAGACAUAAACUCGUAUUGAGUAAAGAAAACACAUAUUUUAUUGAUAGAGAUGGUACGCAUUUUAGAUAUAUAUUGAAUUACCUUCGUGGUGAUCUACAUUUGGAUACAUUACCUGAUGAUGUGACAAUUUUAAAAGAGAUUCAAAGAGAAGCAGAUUAUUUUCAACUUUCAGGCUUAUUUGAAAUUAUUCAAUCAAUUCUAACACCAACGCCCCAGCCUUGUGAUUAUACUCAAGAAGAUAUUGAUUCUCUGUUAAACACUGCAACAAUGGAGUCCACUGGCACUGACCAUAAAAGUUCUCGAAAUAUGACAAAAUCUAACCUUAACUUUGAGAAACAAAAUUUGUCAGGCUUGUCAUUUAAUCAUACAACAUUUGUACAUAAUGUUAGUUUUACAGAAGCAAACUUAAGAGAGAAUUCGUUCUAUGGUUGUGAAUUCAGCAGCAAUGUUAAAAUAGAUUUCACUCAUGCAGAUCUGACUGGGGCAGAUUUUCGUCAGUGCCGGGCUCUCAAUGUGGGACCACAUAUGACAAAUGGACAGACACAUCAGCCACCACUUUAUGGAACAAGUUGUUCUAGCUUUCUUAAUCUCAUUCAAGAAAGGAAAAUAUUAUUUCAGGGUACAAAGAUACUUCGAAUUGAGACAGGACGAAGGAUAGUGAUGGAUGUUCGUUAUGAGGACAUAUCAAACACAGCAACGGGUACAGCAAGUGAUUCGAAAUCCUCAGAAAAACUUGAAAAGCCGAAAUUAGUGUUGUUUUAUACUAAAUUGUUCGGUCGAACACCUUGGCCCACGGUUGAAAAUGAUUAUCAAUUUAACAAUUGGAACAAUGUACCAUGUCAAGUAAAGAACUGUAGGGUUUCCUACAAUACGAAUGACUUAAAUGAAAGCGAUGCCGUGAUAUUUCAUGGUCAAGAUAUAGACUACAUUGACUUGUCCAAACUUGGAAAAACGGUCAAGAAUCGUGCAAAACAGCGUUGGGUAUUUUUUAUACACGAAUCUCCAGAAUUCUUCACCAAAGAUCUGAGUACGCUGCAAAAUGUAUUUAACUGGACCAUGACCUACAAAUUAGACUCGGAUAUUUUUGUACCAUAUUGGUAUUACUUUCCGAAAACUAGAAAGAAUGACAUAAAUACUACUUCACAGGACUAUGCUCGUGGAAAGGAUAGACUUGUUGCUUGGAUGGUAAGUCAUUGUGGGAAACAGAGGGAUAAGCUGGUAAAGAAGUUGAUGGAAUAUAUUCCUGUUCACAUUUACGGUGCAUGUGCUCCAAAAUUUUCUCAAAAAAGGACGUGCAAUAAACGAGAUAAAAAUUGUCAAAAGACUCUACGUAGAUAUAAAUUCUACUUGGCUUUUGAGAACGUAAAUUGUGUGGAUUACAUCACAGAGAAAUAUUGGUCAAAUGCGCUUCAAAACAAUAUUGUGCCAGUUGUAUUAGGUGGUGGAAACUACAGCAACAGAAAUUUGGCUGUUCCUGGUUCGUUUAUUAACGUUAUGGAUUUUCAGACAGUCAAAGAAUUAGCUGAUUAUUUGGUAAUGUUAGACAGGAAUGAUACAGCUUAUAACGAGUAUUUUACUUGGAAAGACAGAUACUAUAUUGAUUUCUCACCACCCUGGACAUGCCAGAUGUGUUCCAUGUUAAACAAUGCUUCUCUUCCAAUAAAGUCAUAUAAUCAUCAACGUUUGGAGAUGUUUUGGGGCCGAACUAAUAACUGCAGAUUAUUGGAUGGGAAAGUAGAGAAAAUUAUAAGAGGUUACUCAGAAGCGAACAUGAAUAACAGAUUGAAUAGUACGGUACAUUGAACUGUAAUAACGGUUAUUGUUAUAUAGCUAGUGUAAAAAUUCAUCUCUUCUGCUUUCCUAUUGGACAAGAGGUCCACGCUCGGAGGACAAAUCUCCAUGAUUACGCGUGAUCAACACGAGCGGGCAUCAAAUUUCAUAAUUUCCCCUAAUGCAAUUUUCCCUAGGGCAAUUUACCCUCGGGAAAACAGCGUGUUUUGUUGACCCUCAACCGCUCGUUGUUGCCCUCGGCUUCAACAAGUCUCGGGUCAACAAGACGCACUCUUUCCCUCGGCGUCCGCAAAUAGGUAUUAAAUGGUGGUUGUAUUUUCUGGUGAUUGCUGCAUCGCCCUAAUAUAUAUGCAUUCCUUUUUACACAUUAUUUGAAACGUUCUGAUGAUAGUUAGCAUAUUUAAGCAGUAUACGAUAAAUCAAUAAAAAAGUAAGAACCAACACAAUAACUAGUUUAUCUUUUCCCCAAUUAC